AUGGAGGCAUUUUUUGAUUUAAGGUAACCAUCCUCAAAUACUUUAGUUAUUUCGAAGAUCUAAGAAAAAUAUGUUCAUAGGAUACAUAUAAAGAAAAGUUAAGGGUGUUUCUAUUUAAUCCAUAUCUGGAAUUAAAGGAACAUCAAGAAAUUGUAGACCUCUUCAUUGAAUAUGUAUUUUGUUUUUUAUCUUAUUUAGGCUGAAUUGUCUCAAGAAUAUGAGAUCAUUUUUGAACAUAUGAUCAAUCAUAACAUAGGUAUUAAAGAACCCUAAUUCUAUCAUUACUUUUUCAAUAAGCUUAAAGAGAUCAAUUACAGAAAAGCUCUAUAAUGUAUUUAAAUGGCUAAGCAGUAUUUUUUUAUAAAUUAUUAUAAAAUAGAUUUUGUUAUUCAAAUUUUGAGUAAAUUGAGAAUAUGAAUUAAGAAUUAGAGAAUAUCCUACUUUUCUAAUUUGAAUCUUAUUAUCAUUCUCAAAAUUGUUCUAAAAAAUAAAUUGAAGAGAAACUCAAACAAUUUGAACUUAAGUUUUAUUAAUCCAAAAAUAAGAGAAUCUAAAUCCAUAUAGAUGAAUAAUACAGAAAACUAGAUCUUAAAGCAAUCAUACAUGAAAUUGAAUCAUUCAAAGAAAAUAAAUGUCAUUCUAAUAUAUCCACUUAAAUUCCAAUCACUUAAUCAUAUUAUUUAAAUCCUGAAGAAUCAGAUUUCAAUAAUUAACUAGAAUCAAAAGAAUUCAAACUCAUUAAACCAAACUUUUAAAAUAAUCGUAACAAUCUUUAAAUAGUCACUCAAUCACCUAAUUACUCUAAUGAUAUUGCUGUUUCUGAAGAAAUCAAUAAAUUAACUCCUAUUAGUUCUUCUUCUACAUCUAGUAGAUACCUCUUUAAAAUGAAUAAUAAUUACAACAUUAAAUCUAAUCAAUAAUAAAAAUUAAUAAUACCAAUACCAACUAUCAAUUAAUAAAUAAGUCCAUUAAAAUCAUUUAAUAGAAUGAAAUACAAAAGUAUCUAGAAACUAAGAUAAUUAAUUUUUGAAGAUAAUGUUAAAAGUUCUGUUAAGGAGCCUUUAAAAUUUGAUUCACCAUAAUGA